AUGAUGGAACCACCACCAUGUUCGAAGAAGAGCCUGUCCCUGUCGCUCCCGGUUCCCCGGGAAGGACAGGCGACUCUGAAACCGCCUCAGCAUCUUUGGAGACAACCUCGGACCCCGAUCAAAAUCAAACACCGGGGAUACUCCGACACCGACCGACACCACCACCGGCACAUGGAGCGCUCCGACGCUAUGGAUACGAGUGACCGACCGGGACUAAAAAAGUCUCGGAUGUCCUGGCCGUCAUCCUUUCACGGGACCACAAACACAUCCAUCGGGAAUUGUGUCGGGAAUAAACGACUGUCAGACGUGUAUGAAGCGCGCACCAGCCCGCCCACUCCGAAUGCAGGAGCAACAUCUGUAGCGACCAGCAACUGUUUUAAGAGCCUCCACAUGUUACAUACAGCCAUGCUGACAGGCCACUGGGAGAGGGGCCAACUCCAGCUGACUGGAGGAAAGGCUGCUGAUUUGUAUUUCAGACCCCAGGACACGCACUGA